UAGUGUCAAGUACACCCGAAACCUCCUGAAUCCUAGUUUCAUGAUAUCUCCACCGACUAUUUUGGUGGUCAGGGGACUUACUGUGUAAUGCAGCACAGAUCUACUCGGCAUGCAACCAGUACCGUAGUUAGGUGGGCGAUUAAUCAUCGCCACGGAUCCUUCAUCCUCCUGCAGUUUGCUUCCGGUAUUGGUUCUCUCCUUGUGCAAUGGCACUCGCUGUUUGUGUCAGAUCCCUUGCACUUCACGCAUGGCUAAUCAUGCCGUAUUUAGCCCCUUGGGUUGGGCCAGGAUGUGCCGAAAAGAAGUUGAUGCGAAAUGGUGGUGUUGGCGAAGACGUAUCAUUGUGUCGUCGCUUCGUUGUGAUCAGACUUGACUGUACAUGGCAGCUGCGGAGGCGUACUAUCUUAAGUGAAAGGGGCGGGGAGUGGUAGGUAGGAGCUUUACUAGUAAUAAGUUAUAACUAAUGCGG